AACUCUUCCCUCCUUAUUGUUUCACUUUCAGAAUAAUUCUGUACUCCUCACAUCUCCUCAGAAACUGGUGAUGCGACUGAAUCCUGAGUUCUGAUUGGUUGCCCCAUGUACACCCUCCCCUUUUCACUUAGACACCGAGAAUGAGGAAAAACACUCAAUCUGAACAGAUAGAAAUAUUUAAAGGGACGUGUGCAGGUAAACAAGAUCAAUCUGAACACAAGAAAGGAUCGGUAAUUUUCUAUAAACUCUUCAACAGAAUUAACCAAAGUAACAGUGGAGUUAAGUCUGGACAUUGAGUGUGUGGAUAAGAGAUUAGUGUGUGUUUAGUGUUAGUUUAGUUAUUGACCGGAUGUGAAACAGAAAGAUGUCUCUCUGCAGCUCAGUGAUAAAGACUCUGAUUUUCUUCACCUGUUCUCUUCAUCUUUCAUCAGCAGACACACACUCUCUGAAGUAUUUCUUCACUGGAGUUACACCUGGAAUAAAUUUCCCAGAAUUCACUCUGGUGGGUCAAGUGGAUGGAGCACAGUUUGUAUAUUAUGACAGUAACAUCAGGAAAAUGAUCCCAACGACGGAGUGGAUACAGAAGUAUGUAGAAGAAGAUUAUUGGAACAGAGAGACACAGAAGCUGCAGGGGAAUCAGGGGAACAUCAAAGCCAGUGUGGAUAUAUUAAUGCAGCGCUUUAAUCAGACUACAGGAGUUCACACAGUGCAGCUAAUGUAUGGCUGUGAGUUUGAUGAUGACGGGACUGUUAGAGGAUACAGACAGGAAGGUUAUGAUGGAGAAGAUUUUAUCAGUCUGGAUCUGAAGACUGAAACCUGGACUGCAGCUAAACAACAAGCUCUGAUCACCAAAAACAAGUGGGAUAAUGAUCCUAGUGAAACUGUGGGCCGGAAAAACUACCUGGAGAACAUCUGUAUCGAGUGGUUAAAGAUGUACAUGUCUUACGGCAGAGAGACUCUGGAGAGGAAAGAUCCUCCUACAGCAUCAGUGUUCCAGAAACACUCACCUUCUCCAGAGGUGGUGUGUCACGCUACAGGUUUCUUCCCCAAAGAGGUGACAAUCUCCUGGAGGAAGGACGGAGAGGACGUGAACGAGGACGUGGAGCUCAGAGAGACGUUACCCAACGAGGAUAGAAGCUUCCAGAAGAGAAGCAUUCUGAAAGUCCCAGCUGAGGAUCUGCAGAAACACACCUACACCUGCGUGAUUCAGCACAGCAGCUUGAAGGAGGAGUUAGUGCUAGAAGUACCAAAAGGUGGAGGACUGAUGCCUAUCAUCGUUGGUGUUCUCGUGGCUCUCGUUGUUCUCGUUGCCGUUGUUGCUGGAAUUAUGGUCUGGAAGAAGAAGAACUCUGGCUUCAAACGUGCUCCAUCUUCUGAAGGAGAUUCUUCGUCUGACAAGUCUUAAAGUGUGACUGUGUGUCUUCCUGCUGAACUGAGAGAGAGGGACCAGGAGAUGGAGAUGAGGACCACACACACACACACACACACACACUUUUUAAUAUUUUUUUCUGUCCUUCAUUACACUGAAGGUGAUGGCAGCUGUAUUUCAGCUGAAACGAAGGUGGUUUCUAGCUUUGCUCUGUGUAGUGUCUGGUGGACAUAUUGUGGAUGACGGCUCAUCAGCUAAAAGUCAGUCCUAGCAAAACUGAACUGCUGCUCAUUCCAGGUGGAUCAUCCCCAGCCCAGGAUCUUGCGAUAUCCCUGAAAAACUCCCCUUUGGUCACUGCUCACAACCUUCGGGUAUUUAUGGACAAUCAACUGUCCUUUUCCUCCCAUAUUGUGACAUGCUCAUGUUGAUUUCUUCUCUAAAACAUCAGAGGAUUCACCAAGGUGGUGGAAUGAACUUCCUCUAUAUGUCCGAACAGCCGAGUUACUGGAUGUCUUCAAACAGUGGCUGAAGACCUACCUCUUCCUGAAGCACUUAAACUAGCUCUUAUUUUCUUUGUUUGUUUCAUGUAUUUAAAAAAAUAUUAUUAUACUUCCUCCCAACACAGUUUUUAGGCUGAUGUUAUCUUUAUUCAUUGAGACUUUAAAGCAUUUUGUAUGUUGUUGUAUUCUGUUGAUUUAUGUACAGAAUCAUCAUUUACUAUAUUUUUAUAUAAAUACACUGAUCAGUGUUAAUAUUAAAACUAGUGACAGAUGAAGAGAGUAACACUGAGUAUCUCAUUACACUGACUCCUGUAAAGAGGUGGGAUAUACAGUAUUAUACAGUGAGUGGAGCUGGUGGAGGCAGUGUGAUCUGAUCAUCUGACCUGUGGAUCUUUCCAGUUCCUUCAGAGUGACUCUUGGUCUCUUAAUUGUUUCUCCAAGUAAUCCUCUCUUACUGGUAACUGACAUUUGGUGAAGUUGAGAUUGUGACAUAUUUAUUUUAAAUUAGAGUUAAUGUUGCUGUGAGGGUUGCUUAGAGUUUGGUUUUAACUUUAUAAGCAAAUGUUAUUGUUCUUACUAAACAUAUAGCUUCUUUCUCAUCAUUUUAUACUUUUUUACAUUUUUAGGUACUGCCACAAUGAACAUCAAAUUCUGCAUUCUCCCCUGAAAAAUAGAAUGUAGUCCCGACAUUCUCAAAAUAAAAUUCUGGUUGUCCA